AUGACAAAUAAGACAAAAUAUAAUGCGUAUAAAAGGUAUACUUCUGUAUACGCUUUAGGUCAACAUAUAGGUAUGUCUGCUCACAAAGCACGAAGAGUAAUUGAUCGGAUUCGUGGGUCUUCCUAUGAAGAAACACUUAUGAUACUCGAACUUAUGCCUUAUCGAGCAUGUUAUCCCAUUUUUAAAUUGAUUUAUUCUGCAGCAGCAAAUGCUAGUCACAAUAGGGGUUUCAACAAAGCGAAUUUAAUCAUUAGUAAAGCCGAGGUUAACGAGGGUACUGCCAUGAAAAGGUUAAAACCUCGAGCUCGAGGACGUAGUUAUUCGAUAAAAAGACCUACCUGUCAUAUAACUAUUGUAUUAAAAGAUAUAACUUUAGUUGAAAAAACUAAGUAUACAGAUAGGAUGUUUCGUGAUAAAUAUCUUAUGGCGGGGUAG